AUGGUCGUGUUGUUACAUGUACCGAGUCAGCAAUAUUACAUAUGGAUUGAUCGAUGCCCUUUUACCAUCGAAUUUACAAAGCCCUCCGAUAAAGAACCGCUUGAAGGAUCAGAUACUGCAAGUAUUCUUGAUCCCGUCCGUACGGCGUAUUCUGGUGCUAGAAAAAGACUAGAGGAGGAGAAGCCGGAGAAAAAGCGAGACAAUGAUGCACUCUUCACUGCCGUUGCUUCAAACACCGACCUUGUCAUGUUCUGCACCAAUGGCUGGGGCAUGACGAUGGUCUGGCUCAGUAGCGGCUAG